AAGAGCCUGAUCUCUCUGCAGGCAGCAUUGGCGUCUUCCCCGCGAUCUAGUGGGUUAUGCGGGCACAUUUGGGUAGGGGGGGUUGCAGAAAUAAAGCAAAGCAAUGAAGGCGAAAGCGGGAGGGGAACGCUGAAUACGAGACUGUUAAGAGCAGCGGGGCUGCACCCUGAAUCGUCUCCUCAUUAGGGUGGGGUGGAAAGAACCAGUAUGCAGCCUUCUCAGGAGAUCGUAACUUUCCAGGAAGUGUACGUGUAUUUCACCGAUGAGGAGUGGGCUCUGCUGGAUCAGGACCAAAGAGCCUUGUUCAUUGACGUCAUGCUGGAGAACUAUGGGCUCAUGGCUUCUCUGGGGUUCGUUCCCAAUCCUAACCUGGACUUUUGGGUGAAAGAAGAGGAAGAUCAGCUUCUUCACUAUUUCGAGGAAGGGGAAAGUUCAGCAGCUCCCAAGCCUGACCUGAUCUCCUGGUUCAAAGAAGAGGAAGAUCCCUCUGUCAGGGAUUGCACAGAAGUGGAGACCGUGACAGACGCUGCAGAGAAAUCUCCUCAGUGUUAUUUUAAAUUGCAUCGCAAAGGUCAGACAAUUAGAAGCCAGACUCAGCAAAUAAUCCUCAAUGUGUAUUCACGCAUCAGGGAAAAGCACCCGAGCCUCACUGUCGAGGAAUGUGCGGAAGAAACCUCAAGGUUAACCGGCAUGCCUUCUGCGGCCAUCCACAGGGCAAAGAAACUGUGGCACACAACUGGCGGAGUUCUUGGGACGCCGGGCAAGAAACGCCCUCGCAGAUCCGAGACAAAGAGGAGGGACGUGAAAUGUGACAGUAUUUCUUGCUGCGCCAUCAGGGGUAUUGUACACAAGUAUUUCUUCAAAAACGAACCACCCACACUGAAUAAAAUACUCAAUGAUGUCAACAGCGACCCGGAUCUGCCUUGCAUUUCCAAAACGACAUUGCACCGCAUUUUGAGAGACAUUGGCUUUGCCUACAAUCGCAGACAUAGGAAUUGCACUUUGACUGACAAACCUGACGUCGUAGCUUGGAGGCAUCGUUACCUGAGAAAGAUUCGCCAUUUCCGUUCAGAGGGGAGGAAGAUUUUUUUCCUGGAUGAGACGUGGGUGAACGCAGGACACACAGCCGCAAAAUGUUGGCAGGAUCAAACCGGGACGUCAGAAAAGGAUGCCUUCUUCCCCAGGAACUUGCCGACAGGACUCAAAGAUCCAUCUGGCAAGGGUAGUCGCUUGAUUUGCGCUCACUGUGGGAGCGAGGAAGGCUUUGUGGAGGAUGCAUUACUUCUGUUUAAGUCGAAGACAACAACAGGCGAUUACCAUCAGGAAAUGAGUGGGGACAACUUUGAAAAAUGGUUUGCUGAGUUGCUGCUUAAGCUGCCCCCGGAAAGUGUCAUUGUGAUGGACAACGCCUCUUAUCACUCAGUGAAGUCCGAUAAGAUCCCGACGACUCGGUCCAGAAAGGACACCAUUAGGACGUGGCUGACAGAGAAGGGCAUCUCUUGGGUGCAUGAGCAAGUGAAGCCCGAACUGCUUCUUUUGGUGCAAAGGGAAAAGUACCGAUUUGUUCGGUAUCGCGCAGACGAGAUGGCUAUCGCCGCCGGGCAUCAAGUGCUCCGACUGCCUCCUUAUCAUGCGGAGUUGAACCCCAUAGAGUUGGUGUGGAGUUACAUAAAAGGACAUGUGGCACUUAACAACACCACUUUCAAACUGAAGGAUGUCAAGAAAUUAUUUGUGCAAGGGGUGCGUGCCGUGACCCCAGAGAUGUGGAGCAGCUUCGUCCAGCACGUGAUGGAGAAGGAGAAGCAGUUCUGGGAUCUUGACUUUCUCCAGGAAGACAAUGAAACUUCCUCAAUGAAGAUCCCCCUGGAGUCAGAUUCCGAGAGCGACUCCUAUGAGAGCGAGGGAGUUUCUGAAUAAGUAAAAGAAGAGGAGUUUCGUUUUAUACCCCCACCUCUUGUAAGGAGACUCAAGGUGGCUUACAAGCUCCUUUCCCCUCCUCCCCACAGCAGACACAGCAGUGAGGUAGGUGGGACUGAGAGAG